AAAAUACGUUACAUUUUAGUGUGAGUUUACCUGUCGUCGUGUUCAGUUGUUUCGAGCGGAAACAAAGGCCGAAAUCAUUAAGUGAAACCAAUUGAUUUGAUAUUUUCUACACGACGCAAAUUAAUGGUCAAUGAAGGGCAAUAAAAAUGGUGAUUGUAACACGCGGUGACUACAUCUGGAUAGAGCCCGCAUCGGGUAGAGAAUUCGAUGUAGCCAUUGGUGCUCGUGUCAUUUCUGCAGAGGGUAGACGCAUACAAGUGCGCGACGAUGACGGCGACGAAAUAUGGCUAUCGCCUGAAAGACGUAUCAAAGCCAUGCAUGCCUCCUCCGUACAGGGUGUGGAGGACAUGAUCUCAUUGGGUGAUCUACAUGAGGCUGGCAUAUUACGGAAUCUACUGAUCAGAUACAAAGAAAACUUAAUUUACACCUAUACUGGAUCCAUUUUGGUGGCAGUUAAUCCCUAUCAAAUUCUACCCAUCUACACGGCCGAUCAAAUAAAACUCUACAAAGAACGUAAAAUUGGUGAAUUACCACCACAUAUUUUUGCCAUAGGCGACAAUGCCUAUGCCCACAUGAAACGCUAUCGCCAGGAUCAAUGCAUUGUCAUAUCGGGCGAAUCAGGUGCGGGUAAGACGGAAAGCACAAAACUUAUUUUACAAUAUUUGGCUGCCAUCAGCGGUAAACAUUCCUGGAUAGAACAACAAAUUUUGGAGGCUAAUCCCAUUUUGGAGGCAUUUGGUAAUGCAAAGACCGUAAGAAAUGACAAUUCUUCAAGAUUUGGCAAAUACAUUGACAUACACUUCAGUGCCAAUGGCGUUAUUGAGGGUGCCAAAAUUGAACAGUAUCUGCUGGAGAAAUCCCGCAUUGUUUCACAAAAUCCCAGUGAACGAAAUUAUCACAUAUUCUAUUGCAUUUUGGCUGGCCUUUCUAUGGAGGAGAAACGACGUCUGGAACUUGGAAAUGCAUCAGAUUAUAAAUAUCUUACCGGAGGGGAUUGCAUCACAUGUGAGGGACGGGAUGAUACUGCCGAGUUCUCCGACAUACGUUCUGCCAUGAAAGUCUUACUUUUUACCGAUCAAGAAAUUUGGGAAAUCAUCAAAUUGCUCGCUGCUCUAUUGCACUGCGGCAACAUUAAAUACAAAGCCACAGUUGUUGAUAAUUUGGAUGCCACCGAAAUUCCAGAAUACAUAAAUGUAGAAAGAGUGGCAGCCCUAUUGGGACUACCUUUACAACCUCUCAUCGAUGCUCUCACGCGCCGUACCCUCUUUGCUCAUGGUGAAACUGUGGUCUCAACAUUGUCCCGCGAACAGUCAGUUGAUGUACGCGAUGCCUUCGUGAAGGGCAUAUACGGACGCCUCUUCGUACACAUUGUACGCAAAAUUAAUGCUGCCAUUUAUAAGCCAAGGGCCACAUCUCGCAAUGCUAUUGGUGUUUUGGAUAUUUUCGGUUUCGAGAAUUUCGACCAGAACAGCUUCGAACAAUUCUGUAUAAAUUACGCCAACGAAAACUUGCAACAGUUCUUUGUGCAACACAUCUUCAAAUUGGAACAGGAGGAAUACAAUCACGAGGGUAUCAAUUGGCAACACAUAGAGUUUGUGGAUAAUCAGGAUGCCUUAGAUUUGAUUGCUAUUAAACAGCUCAACAUUAUGGCUUUAAUCGAUGAGGAGGCCCGCUUUCCCAAGGGCACAGAUCACACAAUGUUGGCCAAAUUGCACAAAACCCACGGCACCCACAAGAACUAUUUGAAACCCAAAUCGGACAUUAACACCAGCUUCGGUCUGAAUCACUUUGCCGGUGUUGUAUUUUAUGAUACCAGUGGUUUCCUGGAAAAGAACCGCGACACUUUCAGUCCUGAUUUAUUGCAUCUCGUAAGUCAAAGUAGCAAUAAGUUCCUGAGACAAAUUUUUGCUCAAGACAUAGAAAUGGGUGCAGAGACUCGUAAGAGGACACCCACUCUAUCCACUCAGUUCAAAAAGAGUUUGGAUGCUUUGAUGAAAACUCUAAGCUCGUGUCAGCCAUUCUUCAUACGUUGCAUCAAACCGAAUGAAGUGAAGCGACCAAUGUUAUUCGAUCGUGGCCUGUGUUGUCGACAGUUACGUUAUUCGGGUAUGAUGGAAACAAUUCGCAUUCGCCGGGCUGGUUAUCCCAUACGACAUGGCUUUAGAGAUUUUGUGGAACGUUACAGGUUCCUUAUUCCAGGAGUACCACCAGCACAUCGCACUGAUUGUCGUUUGGCUACAUCGCGUAUAUGUGCCGCAGUCCUUGGCAAAUCGGACUAUCAACUGGGCCAUACCAAAGUUUUUCUGAAAGAUGCUCAUGAUUUGUUCUUAGAACAGGAGCGUGAUCGCGUGUUGACACGUAAGAUUUUGAUUCUGCAAAGAACUAUACGCGGUUGGGUCUAUCGCAGACGUUUCUUGCGAAUGCGAGCUGCCGCCAUUACCAUUCAGCGUUACUGGAAGGGCUAUGCCCAAAGAAAACGUUAUCAGCAAAUGCGAGUGGGCUAUAUGCGUUUGCAAGCUUUGAUACGAUCACGUGUUCUUUCGCAUAGAUUCCGUCAUUUGCGAGGUCACAUCGUGGGUCUGCAGGCUCAUGCCCGUGGUUAUUUGGUGAGGCGUGAAUAUGGACAUAAAAUGUGGGCCAUUAUUAAAAUACAGUCGCAUGCCCGCAGAAUGAUUGCUAUGCGGAGGUACAAGAAAAUGAAGGAGGAAUACAAGAAGUUCGCAGAGGUAUUGCAUUUACGGAAAUUGGAGGAGCAGGAGCUGAUGCACAAAGGUAACAAACACGCUCGCGAAAUUGCAGAACAACAUUAUCGCGAUCGUUUACAUGAGCUCGAACGCAGAGAAAUGGAGAAAGAGAUCGAAGAACGUCGCCGAGUGGAAGUGAAGAAGAAUUUGAUAAACGAUGCCGCCCGCAAACAAGACGAACCGGUGGAUGACGGAAAACUGGUAGAAGCCAUGUUUGAUUUUCUACCCGAUUCCAGUAGCGAGGCACCAACACCACAUGCAGGGCGAGAAACAUCGGUAUUCAAUGAUUUGCCCCAUGGCAAUAGUGUCAAUCAAGAGGAUAUAAUUGGUCCCAUGCACAUCUCCGAAGAUGAAGAGGAUUUGUCAGAAUUUAAAUUCCAAAAAUUCGCAGCUACCUACUUCCAGGGCAAUGUCAACCAUCAAUACUCCAAGAAGGCCCUGAAACAUCCCCUUCUACCAUUACAUACCCAAGGUGAUCAAUUGGCAGCUCAAGCCUUGUGGAUAACUAUUUUAAGAUUUACCGGGGAUAUGCCCGAACCAAAAUAUCACACCAUGGAUCGCAUGGAUACGACAUCGGUAAUGUCUAAAGUUACAGCCACCUUGGGAAGAAACUUUAUCAGAAGCAAAGAAUUCCAAGAAGCUCAACUAAUGGGUUUGGAUCCUGAAGCAUUCCUCAAACAAAAGCCACGCUCAAUUAGACACAAAUUGGUUUCGCUUACACUGAAACGUAAAAACAAACUCGGCGAGGAUGUAAGACGCCGCCUGCAAGAUGAAGAGUAUACGGCAGACAGUUACCAAUCAUGGCUCCAAUCACGUCCCACUUCCAAUCUGGAAAAAUUACACUUCAUCAUUGGCCAUGGCAUUUUAAGAGCCGAAUUGAGAGACGAAAUCUACUGUCAAAUUUGCAAACAGUUAACGAACAACCCUCUGAAGUCGUCACAUGCCAGAGGUUGGAUACUUCUAUCGUUGUGCGUAGGCUGUUUUGCUCCAUCUGAGAAAUUCGUUAACUACUUAAGAGCCUUCAUUCGUGAAGGUCCUCCUGGCUAUGCUCCCUACUGUGAGGAACGCCUAAAGAGGACCUUCAACAAUGGUACACGCAAUCAACCUCCAUCAUGGCUAGAAUUACAGGCCACAAAAUCAAAGAAACCCAUAAUGCUGCCCAUUACAUUUAUGGAUGGCAAUACAAAGACACUUCUGGCAGAUUCUGCCACCACGGCUCGGGAGUUGUGCAAUCAAUUGUCUGACAAAAUCACUCUGAAGGAUCAAUUUGGCUUCUCACUGUAUAUUGCUCUAUUCGAUAAGGUGUCUUCGUUGGGUAGUGGUGGAGAUCAUGUAAUGGACGCAAUUUCACAGUGUGAACAAUAUGCCAAAGAACAAGGAGCCCAGGAACGCAAUGCCCCCUGGCGAUUGUUCUUCCGCAAGGAAAUAUUUGCUCCCUGGCAUGAUCCCACAUUCGAUCAAGUCGCUACGAAUCUCAUUUAUCAGCAGGUGGUGAGAGGUGUCAAAUUCGGAGAAUAUCGUUGCGAUAAGGAGGACGAUUUGGCCAUGAUUGCGGCUCAGCAAUAUUUCAUUGAAUAUGGCACCGAUAUGUCUAUGGAAAGACUUUUUACCCUGCUGCCUAAUUUUAUACCCGACUUCUGUCUAACAGGUGUCGAUAAGGCCAUUGAACGCUGGGCUGCUCUUGUUUUGCAGGCCUACAAGAAGUCAUACUACGUCAAGGAAAAGAUACAUUCACUUAAGAUCAAGGAAGACAUUGUGAGCUACGCCAAAUACAAGUGGCCUUUGCUAUUUUCCCGGUUCUACGAAGCAUAUCGUAACUCUGGUCCAAAUUUACCCAAAAACGAUGUUAUCAUUGCUGUCAACUGGACGGGCGUUUAUGUGGUUGAUGACCAGGAGCAAGUGUUGUUGGAAUUAAGUUUCCCCGAGAUUACUGCCGUUUCCAGUCAGAAAACCAAUAAAGUUUUUACGCAAACCUUUAGCUUAUCUACUGUGCGUGGAGAAGAGUUCACAUUCCAAAGUCCCAACGCCGAAGACAUAAGAGACUUGGUUGUUUAUUUCCUCGAUGGCCUGAAGAAGAGAUCGAAAUUUGUUAUAGCCAUUCAGGAUUAUCGGGCUCCCUCCGACGGUUCGAGUUUCUUAUCGUUCUACAAGGGUGACCUCAUCAUUCUGGAAGAUGAAAGCUGUGGAGAAAAUGUCCUCAACAAUGGUUGGUGUAUAGGUCGUUGUGAACGCACCCAGGAAAGGGGAGACUUUCCGGCAGAGACUGUGUAUGUGCUGCCUACGCUUACGAAACCACCUCAGGAUAUUCUAGCCUUAUUUAAUGUUGAAGAAGCUCAUCAUGGCAAGCGUUUGAGUAUGGCGUCCAAUGGAGUGGCCGAGCCCAGAGACCGCCCGCACACUUUGAUGGAAUAUGCUUUGGAUCACUUCCGUUUACCUCCCAAGCGUACAGUAUCGAAAACAUUGACUUUAAGUUCGAAACGUUCUGAGGAAAUUUGGCGUUAUUCAAGAGAUCCCAUCAAGGCCCCACUUCUAAGGAAAUUGCAAGCAAAAGAGGAAUUGGCCGAAGAGGCUUGCUUCGCUUUUGCCGCCAUACUUAAAUACAUGGGUGAUCUGCCUUCGAAAAGGCCAAGAAUGGGCAAUGAAAUCACCGAUCACAUUUUCGAUGGUCCAUUGAAGCAUGAAAUUCUGAGGGAUGAAAUAUAUUGCCAAAUAAUGAAACAGUUGACUGACAACAGAAAUCGCAUUUCGGAAGAGCGUGGUUGGGAGCUGAUGUGGUUGGCCACAGGUCUAUUUGCCUGCUCCCAGGCCUUACUCAAAGAACUAACUCUCUUUCUGAGAACUAGAAGACAUCCCAUAUCACAAGAUUCGUUACACCGCCUGCAGAAAACAAUACGUAAUGGCCAGCGCAAGUAUCCACCGCACCAAGUUGAAGUCGAGGCCAUUCAACACAAGACAACACAAAUAUUCCACAAAGUAUACUUCCCGGAUGAUACUGACGAAGCCUUCGAAGUUGAUUCAUCAACAAGGGCCAAGGAUUUCUGCCAGAAUAUUUCGCAACGUCUAUCGCUGAGAACCAGUGAAGGUUUCUCACUUUUCGUAAAGAUAGCGGACAAAGUCAUUUCAGUACCCGAAGGAGAUUUCUUCUUCGAUUUUGUGAGACACUUAACCGAUUGGAUUAAGAAGGCCAGACCCAUACGAGAUGGCAGUAAUCCACAAUUCACCUAUCAAGUGUUCUUUAUGAAGAAAUUAUGGACCAAUACAGUGCCCGGUAAAGAUCGUAAUGCAGACUUGAUAUUCCAUUACCACCAAGAGUUGCCGAAGCUAUUAAGGGGCUAUCAUAAGUGUUCACGAGAAGAGGCUGCCAAAUUGGCUGCCUUGGUCUAUAGAGUACGCUAUGGUGAUAAUAAGCAAGAACUGCAAGCCAUACCACAAAUGUUGCGUGAGUUGAUACCCUCCGAUUUAAUGAAAAUGCAAAGCACUAGCGAAUGGAAGCGGGCAAUUGUUGCCUCGUAUAAUCAAGAUUCCGGUAUGAGUUCUGAAGAUGCUAAAGUGGCGUUCCUUAAAAUUGUCUACAGGUGGCCCACUUUUGGAUCGGCAUUCUUUGAAGUGAAGCAAACGACUGAACCCAAUUAUCCAGAAAUGUUAUUAAUAGCAAUCAAUAAGCAUGGCGUUAGUCUAAUACAUCCAGUAACUAAGGACAUACUUAUAACUCAUCCUUUCACACGCAUUUCAAAUUGGUCCUCCGGCAACACUUACUUCCACAUGACCAUUGGUAAUUUGGUACGAGGCUCAAAGCUGUUAUGCGAAACAUCUUUGGGUUACAAAAUGGAUGAUUUGUUGACAUCGUACAUCUCGCUGAUGUUAACUAAUAUGAACAAAAACCGCACUAUUCGCGCAAACUAAUCAAGUCUAAUCAAACUUUUCCUCACACAUAAAAGUCUCUUAGACAACAAGAAAUUUUAUUAGUUUUUCGAAU